AGAUCGUUCGUCCGUCCGCACACACACACCCAUCAGCACCCACUGCUAUCCCCCGCAGCCAGUGUGUGUUUGAUGCGCGGUCGCAGGCCAUGCUGGAGUCCGGCGUGCUGAAGGAGGGCGCGCUGGAGAAGCGCAGUGAUGGACUGCUGCAGCUCUGGAAGAAGAAGCGUUGCGUGCUCACGGAGGACGGACUGGUGCUGCACCCGCACAAACACCACCAUCAGCACCAACACCAGCAGCAGCACGACACCGGCUGCAAGGUGAAGGAGCUGCACUUCGCCAACAUGAAGACGGUGGACUGCGUGGAGCGCAAGGGGAAGUAUGUGUACUUCACUGUGGUGAUGUCCGAGGGCCGCGAGAUCGACUUCAGGUGCCUGCAGGACGAGGGCUGGAACGCGGAGAUCACGCUGCGGAUGGUGCAGUACAAAAACCGGCAGGCGAUCCUUGCCGUCAAGUCGAGCCGGCAGAAGCAGCAGCAGUUGCUGGUGGUGUCCGCGCAGAAGAUGGUGCGGAGCGCGCAGUAGGAGCCGGAGAACCUCGCUGGAGACCGGGCUGCAGCUGGAGGACGCGCCGCGGUGUCACCUUGCGCUCCGGGACGCGCUUUUGCAUUGAAGCACAUCGCUGCUCGGUUAACGUCAUGCACUGAAUGACAUGAUUAGCUGGAUUUACAAAAAAAAACAAACAAAAAAAAAAAGAAUAGGGUAAGUGGUUGCAAACAAUUGAUAUUAGCUGCAUUCAAACACAUGAGUUAAAUUUCGUAAUGUUCAACUUGAUUUGUUUAAAUUCAGCCCAGAUUAAUUGUUUGCAACCACUUGCCUUGAAAUUGAGUUUAUCCAACGAGUAAUUGACAUCAGUGUGCGCUCUGGGACGCGCUCAGACGCUCUUCAUGCAUUGAAGCACAUCGCUGCUCUGGUAGCGUCAUGUAUGAGUGGAGAUUUCGGCGGAGGGAGACCGGGGCAAGCUAUCGAGGAUUUCAGGAAGAUGUCCAUUUGCAUGCGUUGUCAUGUGUCCUGGCGUUGGUUAUGCGUGAUGCACUGAAAAAAA